CUGCUAGGACCAAUUCAACUUUGGGACUUGCACUAUGUGGUUAUACAAUAAUGUUUUAACACGGUUGCUACGAUUUAUUACAAGUCACAUAUAUUCAAUGUUACCGCUGGUUAUUUCUUCAAACAUAACGUGAACAACAACAUACGAUGUCUACCAAUACAUUGUAUGUUUCACAAUAAUGGCAGUGUGUUUUGUUUGGAAACUGCUGCAAUGAUUUUCAUAAUUUAUAAUCAGACUGCCCCUAACCAGCUGCACCAAUCAAACGCCUAUGUUUAAAUGCGUCAUCUACGCCGCAGCCAGUCCCAGAGUUGUAGGGGGGCGGGACCUUACGGCAGCCUGUUGGUUGUCACGGUAACGUUGUGUGUGAGUGGCACGCGUGUCAAAUGAGUGCGCAGGUAGGUCAGAGACGGCUGGCAUGGGAGCUGUUUAUAAGCCACAGACUUCUGCAGACUAGUUAUUUUCCUCCUGUUGUUGUUGUUGUUUGCUAACAAUGCAAGUUUGUUCCAUUUACUCACCGUUGACGUUAGCAUUAACGCUAGCCUGUGCGGAAACAAAUACCGUUAGCGUCACUGGUCGCUUUUGCUAGCGUAUAACUCAACAACGUUAGCCGAACGCUAAGGUUAGCUGAACGAAACCAGAGCCAUGUCGAGUCACAGCCUGCCACCCGUACGGCAUUUACCUCACUGGACUCGAGUCGGGACUCUCGGGAAGUCUUGCUCUCCGCCGCCUUUACUACCGGCGAUCCACCAGCAACAGCUGCGGGCCCCCCCACCGGCGGCGGCGGGCGCAGGGGCGGGCCGGGCGGCAGAGACGAGCUGUCGCUGCGACGUGGACCCCCGCGUCGCCUCCCUGCAGAAGAAUAUCCAGUUCCUUCAGCAACAACACUCGGGCACGCUGCAGAAGCUCCAUGCGGAGAUAGAGUAUCUCAGGCGGGAGAAUAAAGAGUUGCAGUACAAGCUGAUAAUGGAGCCUCCAAAGUCAAGUAGAAAAGGGAUGACGUACAGUCGGAGAGGCAAUAGACCACCCACUCAGGGGAGUGAAGCUCGUACGGGACUCUACCUGGAGGAGCCGCUGCAGGACACACGGACCGCACGUGACCAAGCGCUAAGUGAAGAGGGCAGCGAAACUCUGGGCUCUGCCCGUCUGGACCACGACCCAGACGUGAGGGGGGGCCUCAUCACCUCGUUGCAGCCGCUACGCAUCCACAGCGACCCCUCCCAUCCACCGCGCGCCCCCACGCUACAGGAGUGUGAGGUCAUCAUCCGCCAGCUCUACAACGCUAACAGCUUACAGUCUCAGGAAAUUAUUCGUGUGAAGGCGUUGCUGAGAGAUAUUGUUUUGAGCAAGAAAAUCACCCCAGAAAACUACCUUCUCACCAAGGCCUACCUUGUUGAUGGUACCCGCAAAUCUUCUGAAGACAAUAAACUUCCAAAGCUUGGUGUUCAAACGCAUCCGGAAAAAACGUUCGGAGCCCCCCGGCCUGCGGUGGUGCUUCCGGCCCUCAAACAUAGCCUGAGCUCCAGCGCGGCAGAGAGGCAGAGGAGGACGCGCGCUGUGCAGAGAGACCGCUUCAAAAGGACGGUGCAUUGACAGGAUGAAAAAGCUCCUGCAACACAUAGCUUCAUUCGUCUCAGUGUCAGGGCUUUUUCAUGGUUGUUCUAAAAAGCACAGAUGAUAUGAAGACUAAAAAAAGUUAUGGACAAUUUAUUUAUUUAUGUUGGCUGAUUAUUUCAGGACAUUUAAAACAUCUCGAAUUCAUGUUUAUUUUCAAAAAAACAAAUUAGUUGGUUUGGUUCUUAGUUAGUUUAGUUGUCACUGUAAUUCUGCCAAAAUUCUGGUGGGAUUGUUGCAUAAUUUGUGUAAAUAACCUGUUACUUUUAAAACAGUCGGUAAAUAAUCAAAGUUGAGCCUUUAAAAGCACAUGCAAUUAAUGAAAAAGGAGGGACUUAUUAUCCUUAUUUCUCAGGCACUAUUUGUCUUGGUUUGUGUUCAUGUUGUUGUGCGUUACCACUCGAGCACCUGCAGCACAACUUCACACAGCAAUACAAAACUCUACUAAUUUGAACAAUAAAAGCGAUCUACUAUUU